AUGUCAAAGGAGAGCGAUUUCCGUCAACGGCGGAAGGAGAAUAUUAAGAGAAAUAAUGAUUUGCUAAGGAAGCUCAAUUUGGGUGGAUUGGGUUUACAAAUUAAACGCGAAGUAGGUGAAGACGUCAAACCUAAACCUAAAGUCGCUAAAAAGACUGCCGCCAAAAAGAUUAAAUCACCGAAACCACUUGCAGUUCCUACUCGGAGAUCUAGGAGGUUGCAAGGUGUGAAUGUAGACGAAGAUGGUAUCCCAAAUGUUAACGAUAAUGAACUGAAGAAACUUUUAGGAAGUAAUUCAACGUCAUCUCAAACAGUAGAUGAUCUAAAGGAAUUGAUGAAUACCCCAGUAGUAGGUGACAUUAAAUUAAGUGACCUAGUUAAAGCGGAGAAUGAGGAGGAUCUAAUUAAAAAGUUCAGUGUCUUUGCAGAUAAAGGGUUUUCUAGCGGUGACUUCUUUGAAGAAUUGAAGGAGCAUCAGCAGUUUUCUGAAGAGACGAAACAACUUCAAUCAGACUUUGCUCUACGUCAAUACGAAACCUUUGAUCCCAAAGAAAUCGCCGUUGGAUAUGAAAGGAUUACAGCUAUGUAUUUUCAUCCUUCGAGGGAGAAGAAGCUAAUCGUUGGCGGAGACACCACCGGAACUGUGGGACUAUGGAGCGUUACAGAUGAGUUAGGAAUUGGAAGUGAGGAAACUGGUCCGGAUAUUAGCAGGUUUAAACUUUUCACGAAAAACGUCUGUAAGGUUGAGACUUAUCCUAUGAACACAGGAAAAUUGCUAGCAGCGUCGUACGAUGGUUCAUUGCGUUCAAUUCAGUUAAAUACUUUGAAAAGUGAAAGUAUUGCUGUAUUUCAGAAUUCUUAUGGGGAAGCAUUAGGUAUUAGUGAUUGGCAAUUCAGUUAUGAACAUCCAAACGUCUUGUAUAUGACGACACUGACAGGUGAAUUUACUCAGUUUGACCUAAGGACAAAACCACAAUCGUAUAAUCUUAUGAGGCUAUCUGACAAGAAAAUUGGUUCCAUGGCAAUCAGUCCUAGCAAUUCUUAUCAAAUUGCUACAGGUUCACUGGAUCGGACUCUUAAAUUAUGGGAUAUAAGGAAAACGGUUAAGAAACCAGAAUGGUCUCAAUAUGACGAUUUUCCAAGUCAUGAUAUCGUCUCGACUUACGAAUCUCGGCUAUCGAUUUCAGCAGUCUCAUAUUCUCCAACUGCAGACACGUUAGUGUGUAAUGGGUACGAUAACACUAUACGUCUCUUUGAUGUGAGUUCUGUCUUAGAAGCAGAGUUGAAACCCAAGACCACUAUUCAACAUAAUUGUAAAACAGGAAGAUGGGUCAGUAUAUUAAAAGCAAAGUUCAAGCAAAAUAAAAAUGUUUUUGCAAUUGCGAAUAUGAAGAGGGCGAUUGAUAUCUACAAUAAUGCUGGAGAACAACUUACCUCUCUUCCUACUUCUACGGUGCCUGCCGUCUUAAGCUGGCAUCCAUUGGAGAAUUGGAUUACCGGUGGUAACAGUAGUGGAAAGGUUUUCCUUUUUACAGACGACAUUAAAGAUAAAUAA